CCGUUAGCAAUGACAGAACGACGACGUCGACGACGAGGAGGAGGAGGAGUAAGAGGAGGAAACUCAACUCAGAAGGCGGAACACUGCUGCAAAAACAUAUUUUGUAUGUUUUUUUCUUUCCACAAUGAUAACUCUGCUCUGAAGAGCCCUGGUAGCUAUCGCCAUGUUUCGGAUACUGGCCAGCGCCUCUUUUAAGGCUGCUAGCUGCCAGCCCAAAGUGCUACAUGACGUCGCUAGCAUACAUUUCCACAGCGCUUCGUACGACGUGGCCGUGGUGGGCGCCGGCAUCGUGGGAUUGGCCACGGCCAGAGAGCUCAUCCUGCGACAUCCUACGCUCAGCUUCAUCCUGCUGGAGAAGGAGAAAGACCUUGCCGCCCACCAGAGCGGCCACAACAGCGGCGUCAUCCACAGCGGCAUCUACUACACCCCGGGCUCGCUCAAGGCUCGCCUGUGCGUGCGAGGAGCGACGCUGGCCUACGAGUACUGCGACAAGAAGGGACUGCCUUACAAGAAAUGUGGCAAGCUUAUCGUGGCCGUGGAGCAGGAGGAAAUCCCUCGCCUCCAAGCGUUAUAUGAGCGUGGGCAGAAAAACAACGUGCGUGACCUCAGCAUCGUGGACGCCAAAGGGAUUCGAGAGCGAGAGCCGUACUGCAAGGGCAUCAUGGCGUUGGACUCGCCCCACACGGGCAUCGUGGACUGGAGGCAGGUGGCGCUGCAGUACGGCAAAGACUUUGAGGAGGCAGGAGGCAAAGUGCUGACUGAGUAUGAAGUCAACGACAUCUCCAUGGUGAAGGAGAGCCCAGCAGGGGGCGCAGCUGAAGGACUAAAAUAUCCCAUCGGGAUCAAAGACAAAAAGGGCAACCAGGUGCGAUGCCGCUACGUCCUGACCUGCGGGGGUCUCUACUCGGACCGCCUGUCGCAGAUAUCCGGGUGCAGCCGGGAGCCCCGGAUUGUCCCCUUCAGAGGCGACUAUCUGGUCCUGAAACCUGAGAAACACUACCUGGUUAAAGGCAACAUCUACCCUGUGCCGGACCCCCGCUUCCCCUUCCUGGGCGUCCACUUCACGCCACGUAUGGACGGCAGCAUUUGGCUGGGCCCCAACGCCGUGCUGGCCUUCAAGCGGGAAGGCUACAAAGUCUACGACAUCAACGUGCGGGACCUGGCCGACGCGCUGUCCUUCAGAGGCCUUCAGAAACUGGUGCUGAGGAACAUCACGUACGGCGUUGGCGAGAUGUACCGAGGCAUCUUCAUCGGCGCACAGGUCAAAAUCCUCCAGAAGUAUAUUCCCGAACUAUCCCGCGGCGACGUUCUCAGGGGUCCCGCCGGCGUCCGCGCUCAGGCUCUGGACCGCGACGGUAACCUGGUGGACGACUUUGUGUUCGACGGCGGCGUGGGCGACGUGGGGAGCCGGGUGCUGCACGUGCGCAACGCUCCCUCGCCAGCCGCGACCUCCUCGCUCGCCAUCGCCGAGAUGAUCGCCGAUGAGGUGGAGAGCCGUUUCGCGCUCUGAGACUGCGAGGGCCCGGUCGCCAUGGAGACGGCGUGGCAGCAACGAGCCUUCAUUUGCUGAUUCGGGAGGACGUCGGAGGGAAUGAAGUCAAAGUUUCUCAGUAUUUUUCGGGAUUUCGUGGAUGCGCCACAAGGGCUGCCCGAGCGGAUGCCCGCUCGUCUCUAUCGUUUUUAAUUUUAAACGCAAGGUGACUCACUGGCAAAGUCAUAAAUCUACAGUAAAUCUCCCGGCCUUGUUUCCACAUAAGUGUUACGCAAGCGUGAAGUAGAGUCAUGAAGACGGGUGUCAUCUUUCAGUCACGUGACUCCAAACAUAUUCCGACUUUUUAAAGGAAAACUGCACUGUUUGCGGACUUUUGCCCAUCAUCCACAAUCCGCUAAUCAUACAUAAAACCACUAGACUGCACACUGUGAAUCCCAUGAUGUGCGUUGGUAGCCAUUUUUCAAAAGACAACCCCUUUGGUAGCGGCCAUUUUAGACGACUUUGACAAAACUAACCCACAGCGUAUUGUGUUGUAUGGCUACGUAAACAUGGCACCUAGCGAAACAAAGAUUAGACUCUUCUCGUUCAUCACGGUGAAAAAAAAGUCUUUCUACCUUUUUCCGUCCUUUGGUAAUCAGCAAUAGAACAUAGGUAAGUUUCAGGAAAAUAUCAGUUCCCGACUAAAAAAAAAAAAAAACGACUACAUACAUUUCAAGCAUAACACACACUUGACAUGUCAGAUAUCUAAACAACUAUAACAACAUAAACAACACACAAAAUGCUUGUUUUAUAUCCAAACUGUGUAUUAACAAAUAACGUUAGCUUGGGUUAAUAUGUACGUACCAUGUUUUUUCAGAAGGCUUUGUAGGCAGAAUGGGUGCGUCCCAUUACGUGCAUUCUUAGCCGCCUCUUUUGGACUGUUUUUAUAUCUUGAAGACGUGUGUUCAUGUCUCACAUAAGGACGGUGGAUGAUGGGCAAAAUUGCCCCCCGAAAGUGCAGUAUUCAUUCAACCAAUGUGACUGACAGGUGAAUGUUAGUGUUUUUAUACAAUAAAUACACUUUUUCAACUACAAG